AUGGAUUCAAAUAGGAACAUUGAUAUAACAAAACCCAGAUAUGAUCAAAGCACUUACUGGGGAAGAGCUAAACACUUUUUUUCAAUCACCAAUCCAUUAAAUUUAUUAAAUUCAACAGCCACAUUGGAAGAAUCCAAAAGGAUUGUCACAGCGGCAAAAAAUAAAAGAUGGGAUGAACUGAAAAAUUUGUCCGAUGCUGAUUUGUGGAGAGCAAAAGAAAUUUACGAUUCAGCUUAUCAUCCUGAUACUGGGGAACUGAUGAAUAUAAUCGGAAGAAUGUCAGCUCAGGUUCCAAUGAAUAUGGCUAUCACUGGAUGCAUGAUGAAUUUUUACAAAAGUAAUUCUGCAGUCAUAUUUUGGCAAUGGGUUAAUCAAAGUUUCAAUGCUCUCGUCAACUAUACAAAUAGAAGUGGAGAUGCAGCUAUUUCUGUCGAGCAAAUUGGAAAGUCUUACUGCUUAGCCACAGGAGGAGCUCUUGUUACAGCCUUAUCAUUAAAUAAAAUGGCAGCUAGAUUUCCUCCUCUUGUUGGCAGAAUUGUGCCAUUUGUUGCUGUUGCUGCAGCUAAUUGCAUUAAUAUUCCAAUGAUGAGAAUGCAGGAGUUAGUUAAUGGAAUUACAAUUACUGAUGAAAAUGGUAAUAAGUUAGGAGAAUCUAAAAAUGCAGCAACAGCCGCAAUCACAGCGGUAACAUUCAGUAGAAUUGCCAUGGCUUCACCUGGAAUGGUCAUUACGCCGAUCAUUAUGAACAAAUUAGAAGCAAAAGGAUUAUUUAAAUGUUAUCCGUGGUCUUCGACACCUCUGAGUGUUUUAAUUUGUGGUAUUUGUUUAACAUUUGCCACUCCCAUGUGCUGUGCACUCUUCGAGCAAAGGGCAUCAAUAAAAGUUUCCGAUUUGGAAGAUGAUUUAAAGUCAAAAAUUGGUAAAAGCGGAACAGACGUUGUUUAUUACAAUAAGGGUCUCUGA